UGAAAAAAGAAACAACGCAGUCGGUGGCGUUAGUGGGCUCCUCAAAUCUUGGGCUAAAAACCUAGGUGGUGGAGGCCGUACACUGCAACCAAACGCCAAACAGCGAGACGCCCCUCAGCUCCAGACCGUUCGCAAUUUAUUCCUCCACGGGGGUGGGUCAACAGCCAUGCGCAUGCUGGCGAUGAACUCGCUGAUGCACGACGCCGACCGCCGCCGAGCGGACCGUACGACUCGCGUGGUAGACAGCCCCAUGGCCAGCAGCGAUACGGAUAAGGACGACGACGCUUUGGACGACGAUGUGGACGAAUUGGACCCCGUGGACGGAUUCCCGAGCCCACCUGCGCGUGUACGACCCCGUCGGCGCUUCAUUAAGCCUGGCCAGACCACUUACGAGCUGUCGUUCUCCCGUCGUCGCACGCGUAGAGCUGCUGCCUCCCCAAAGGACGAGGAGAAUGAGGCUCAAGACCGAGACGAGUACCGACCGGCACUACCCGGCGCCUCUCGCCCCGUGCCUGCCGUAUCAUCAUUGUCCAGUGUGCUCACUGAGGUCAUGACUGGCAAGACACAGGCUCUCAACAACAUCGUGGACACAACUCCACCCCAGCCUAACGUAACGUAUGUGGUGGAACACGCGCCGGAUGGAACACCCUAUGUGGCUGCAUCUGACGGUAACAAAUAUUUCGAGAACUCGACUAUCGGCCAGAUUUUCCUCAAACAAGCGCCCAAAAACGCCGGACCAAAAGGACGACGAUCGGAUUUGGACUUUUUGCAAUCUGGAGGGUGGAAUCACCAGCAGCAAUCGAGGAGAUCGGACUUUGUAGGGGCAGAUGCAGCCACAUCAGCACGAGUGGAAGCAGGUGAACAGGCUGCUGACAUUGACGCCAAGAAAGGGUCGAAAUCGCUGCUGGGAUUUAAGGGUUUCCACAUGGGUAAGAAGAAAAAGGGGUCGGCCAGCGACUUGAAGGCCGUGCAUGAACAGGGGACAGCGGUGCUAGGCACGCACGAGUCAACGACGCACCAGAAUAUCGACAAUGAGUUCCCCAUGCUGGACCCGGACACUGUGGACAGGAACCGCGCAGACUCGAGUUGGGAAGUGCCAGCAGCUAAAAGCCACAUACAACAAGUACCAGAAGUUCAACAGCCUGUUGCUGUACGACUGCUGGACUCGAACGGGAUGCAAUGUGCUCAACAGGCGAGAACAGACUUACUGGCGUCGGAGGCGACCAGUGACAGCAUCGCCAGUGGCAGCAGUUCACUGAGCUCACUCAGUGGCGCUAGUUCGACCAGUUCCAAUGGUGCUACUGGUGCUCCGACGAAGACGCUUCCUCGACUUCAGCCCAAGAAGGACCUCCCGGCGCCUCCUCUGGCGUUCGACGCGUAUGACGAGGACGACAAUCCGCUCUGUCGGUCGUUCCAGAACGUGCGAGAUGUGGAUAAAAUCCACUCGAAGUCGGACGACGAAGAAGAUGAUGAGGACCACGAACACGAUGAGCAUGAUGACGCGGCUGCGGCGGAUGAAGACUUCCCGGAUGUCAACCACCCCGGCUUCGCUGGACGUGUUCGUGUGUCAUCGGGCGCAACGAGUGUAGCGGAGUUUGUUGGGGGAUUUAAGGGCCAGCUUUCACGACGAUCAGGUGCUAGUGGAUUGGUAAAUCGAAAACGUGCUGCGAGGCAUGCGCGACUGACUGUGGAGGAGCAGAAGGCGGCCGAUCUGGCACGGAAAAUCCGCGAAGCUCGCAACCGAAUUCCGCUCGAGUUCAGGGACGAGUACAUGUCACUCGCAGCCCAAAAUGAGCUUCAGAAGAAGAAAAGGCGGCGGGCUCAUGGUCGACACGUUCGCUUUAACACGGAUGUGUUGGUCCGGGAGUUUGAGGUCGAGUCGGAGGAGGAGGACGACGGCUACAACAGUCCAGACGAGAUCGUGGAUGCUGUGCAGUUAGUGAGUAAGCGCGAUGUUGUCCACGCUGAGGAUGUUGUUGCUGCCUUCCCGAUGGAGCAGCUGGAGCUGCCAGCUGAGGAGCUUCAGACCGUCGCGCACGGUUUCCCGUCACCACCAGCAAUAGACGACGCUGCAGCAGCGAGCGAGAACGUACAGGAUGAUCCACUGACGUUCUCGCAACUCAAUAACGACAAGCGUAUGUCAUUCUCGGAUCUCUAGGAGGAAGGAGACACCCGUCGUUGAAGCGGGUAGUAAGUAGCGUAUCUAUUUGGAGGAGAGCACAGCGGAAGACGAGCUGAAAGUCCCCGCUUGCUUCGCCGCACAUUAAGUGAAAAUUCAUUGGUUUCCCGUGUUUCUCUCGCUGUACAGAGAGGCAGGUUUACUCGUUGACGUUGUGGUGGAUCUGGUUGACGUCCUCGUCCUCGUUGAGAGCGUCGAUGAGCUUGUCGAAGGUCUCACGCUGCUCACCCUCGAGGUCCAGGAACUCUUUGGGAUUGUAGAUGAGCUCGGAAAUGGCUGGCUCCAGUCCAGCCUCAGUGAAGCUCUUGCGUACGGCCGCCAGCUCGCUGGGAUCACACGUGACUUGUGCCAGACCCUCACGCAUCUCCACGUCGUCAGCUCCCGCCUCGAGCUACAGUAACGACAGCAAUGGUCAGCAACACAUCACACACUACCCAAAGAGUUUUCAGCCCAGUACCGUGAUCUCCAUGAGCGUGUCCUCGUCCAUCUCGGGCUUAUCUCCAUCGCCUGAUGAGAGUUCGAUCUGCAGACAGCACGGUGACAAACGUGAGAACCACCACCGCUAUAAUUUUCGGUUCAGGGUUGUACCUCGAGGUAGCCCUUGCGCUCGAACAUCCAAGCGACCGAACCAUUCGUGCCAAGAG